AUUUUUAUUAUGUAAGUACACAGCAGAUAAGUCACAUAAUAAAAAGUGGGACCAAAUAGUAUAAACAAAACAAACAAACAAAAACUUAUAAGGCAUAGAGUGAGCAGCAUCUGGAAAAAGUGAAGUGAACUUUUAAUUUUACACAUUCAUAUAAAUUUAAAAUCUCAAAUCUUAAAAAAAAUCUGUGGACACAUCAUGCAUCAACUACCCAUAGAUGACGAUAAUAUCUGCCAGUUCCCAUCCUGUCUUCUAGAUAUCAGUAUCAGCUAUUAGCCAUUGAGAAAAACAUAUCACUCGACCACUAAUAGAAACAGUAGCAUUCUGUUCCCCUGAGAAACAGCCCAUCAAUGUGUGAGAUACAACUCUAUCCUCAUCCACAGCAGAAUCAAUGGCAGAAAGAUGAUGAGUGAAUGAGAGAGAGAGAGAGAGAGAGAGAGACUGUCUCAUUCGCUGCUGUUCUUCCUAAUUGGAUCAAGUGCAGACUUGCCCGACUCUGUGCUUAGUGUUGUCAGUGUGAGAGGAUCGAGACUGCAGACCGAGCGGGAGACAGACCGUGUGUGUUGGUGUGAUGGAUAAGGAUAAGGAGAAAGAGGAGGGGUGAAAGCAGGGGUGUGUGUCAUCCUCACUCCUAUCUACACAUGCUUGCGUGCGGUUCUGUGCUCAAGUCUUUCCUUUGAUCAGACAUGCACCUGCUGCCGCUUUCGGAUGAUUCAGCUGUUUUCUUCAGAGCAUGAACCGCAGCCUGUGUGCUCCAGCCCUGCCCCCAGGUGAGUCCAGUGCUCUCUGAGGGGGGAUCCACCCUCGGGCGGCCUCCGGAGCAUAUGCCUUAUUUAUAGACUCGCUGCCUGUGUUUUUCUUCCUGCUCUGUGAGAACGAACCUGAGUGACAUAAAAUCAGAGCCACGGAAGUCUUCCUCUUUAGUAACGAGGUUAGUUUGUGGAGCAUCGUGUAAGUCCCUUCCCCCUCGCUGGUGAUCUGAUAAUGGAAAGAAGACUUUACGAGGCAGCAUGCCUGCCGCAGCAUUAGAGGAGUCCUGCGCAGCUGCUUCUGAGCGACCAAACCAGGGGCGGAGAUGAAGUCGGAAGCGGCGGAGGACGUCUCUGCCGGACUUGCAUCUCAAGAGGCUCCUUCGGAUGCCUUGUCUGAGGUGACCACGAAAGAGACGCCCGAGGAAGCGGAGGAGGACGUGGCGGGGGGCAGCGACGGCUCAGAGAGUGCUCCUCUGGGAUGCGUGCCUUUGCCUGUGGCUGCAUGCUGCGUGUGCCUCGAUCUGGAGCGGGUGAGCAACUGCAUCCGCUCAGAAAAAAUCUGCAUCUUGCCCAUCCUGGCCUGCUUGCUAAGUCUGGCCCUCUGCACCGCCGGCCUCAAGUGGGUCUUUGUGGACAAGAUCUUCGAGUACGAGCCGCCGACCCACCUUGAUCUCAAGCGCAUCGGACAGGAUCCUAUAAUCGAUUCAGACUUAACUCAGAAAUCCGCAUCAGUCUCAUUUUCCACCCCGUCGACUCCGUCUGUCCCAGGACAGCCCAAGGUCUUUGUGGAAGGGGAGUCCACGGCCAGACCCUUUGAGCCGCCCUCAUCGAAGGUGCCUGUAUUUACGCCCACUGCAGCAGUGUCUCCACCCAGCCCCAAGAGCACCUUCAAACCCCUCCAGAAUACCACUGCAGACCAGUAUCCAACUCAAACUCGGGAAUCUAACGAUAUUGUUCCAAAGACCUCGGCCACCAGCACCACUCCCUCAGCCAAGACCUCGAGUCAUGUGACGCGCUGCAGCGAGAGCGAGAGGAACUUCUGCGUGAACGGAGGCGAGUGCUACAGUCUGGAGGUCCCACCCGGCAACAUCAAACACCUCUGCAGGUGCCUUCCAGGAUACACAGGGAAACGCUGUCAAACCACAGACCCUGUGAGAGUCAUAGACCCCAAACAAGCUGAGGAGCUCUAUCAGAAACGCGUUUUGACUAUAACAGGCAUCUGCAUCGCUCUUCUAGUUGUUGGCAUCAUGUGUGUGGUGGCUUACUGCAAGACAAAGAAACAGAGGAAAAAGCUGCAUGAUCGUAUGCGGCAGAGUUUACGAGAGCGAAACGCUGCGGCCAAAGGCCCACAGCACCCUCACCCUCCUCCCGAAAACCUGCAGCUGGUCAAUCGUUACAUGCCGAAAAAUACCGUUCCUCCUCAUGUGCACGUGAUGGAGAAAGAAUUGGAAACAUCUCUCUCUACAAACGAGUUUGCUUCAUCAACACAUGCGUCCACUGCUGUCUCUCAGUCCUCCAGCCAGUGCUGGAGUAAUGGGAAAGCAGAGAGCGUGGUUUCUGACAGUCACGCAGUCCUGGUCAAAUCAUCGGUGGAGAACUGCCGGCACGGGACGCCCGGUUACAGGGGGCGUCUGAAUGCGACCGGAGGAGUCCAUCAGCUCAAUGAUCACCUGAAGAGCUCCUGCAGAGACUCCCCCUACAGAGAGAGGUGUGUUUCGUCCAUGACCUCACCCAGCCGUCUGUCCCCCGUGGGGCUCCUCUCUCCGGUGACGCCCUCCUCGCCUCCCUCCGAGAUGUCGGCUCCUCUGUCCAGCCUGGCGACCUCUGUCCCAUCCAUGGCAGCGAGUCCCUCAGGGGAGGAGGAGCGCCCCCUGCUGUUCCGGACCCCUCCGAUCCUGCGUGACAAAUCCGGUUUGAAUCAGUCAGGCCAUAAUCUCCGCAACUCGGCUCACUACAAUCACGGCCUGGAGCUGGCCAGCCCUCCGCACACCGCAGAGCAGGAGGAGAGUUCACAGCAGCACCAAAGCACAGCCGCAGCGUCCGCCCCGAACAGCUCAAGAACUCAGACGGCGCUGGAGCCGCUCAGCAAGAGUAACUCAGAGAGCAGCAGCUCGGAGAGCGAGACUGAGGACGAGCGGGUGGGAGAGUACACGCCAUUUCUGGGCUUACAGACCCCUCUGGCCGCUGGAUCAGUUGUUCUGGACGGGCUGGAGGGCAGCAGAACUAACCCCGCACUGCUCCUCUCGCCGAAACACGACCUGCAGAGCAGAUUGACGGCCGUCAUGGCCAACCAAGAUCCUAUAGCUGUGUGAAAGCUGCAUUGAAGAAAAAAAUCACCACUAAACCUUUAUUUUCUACAAUUAAGUACUGCAAAACUUUUAUUUUAGUGAUGUAGUGAAACAAAGACUUUUAUAUGUAUGUGUACAACGUGUUCGUGUCAUGGGGGAAAAAAAGUGCCAUUCACAUGUAGCUGAGGUCACAGUAUUUCAAUGGCAGAAAAAAUAUAAUCUAUGGUGCCUUUUCAUUUCAGUUUGAAGAAAAAAGGACUGCAUCAUGACACUGGGCCAUAUAUUCAUGUAUUUAAGGCAACAACUGAGAAAAAAAAGAAUCCACCAGCAUUCCAUGUCAGAAUCCUUGCUAUCGGAUUAAAGUGUGAAGAGCAUCACGGUCUCAUGACCUCUGACCCACUCUCUCUUAUUUAACACACCUGAUUCAUCAACUGAGCUGUGGCAGAUAAGAGAGACGAGCAGGACUAACCCAAGUGAUGUCAAUUAUUAUGCAUUUUUAUUUAAAGUAUGAAGUGUGGCUGCUGCAAACUAAAAACAAGACAAUUAGAAAGCUAUAGAAAUUAAGAGUUGAUGCUAAAAAAAAUCAGCUAUUACAAUCAGCUAUUAAUCAACUUUUAUAUUAUGGUUGUCAUGUAUAGCAGACAUGACUUCUAUGAGACAGCUGAUUGUUUUCUGUCAUAUUACUGCGGAAUGACUGAAUAUAUGGCUCACUUUGUCGAUUGUGCUCAUUGGCUUCUCAAGCAAUGCAUUGUGGGAAAAUUACAGCACCACUUUUAUGAUACUGAUUAUAUCUUUUUAUUUCUUAUUGGUUUUUGUCCAAUCAUUUUUAUUUUUUACAUUUGUCCUUUGCUAUCCAUGUAGAACGUUACAUUAUAUUCAAAGUGUUCCUUUGUUCUUUUUCAUCAUGUUUGUGUGUACAUGUGUAACCAUUUAAAGAACAAAUCACCUGUUGUACAGUAUUUUGCUAUGUUUGCAUCACCAGAUUAUACAGUAACUUAUGUAUUCACAGGGUUUUACUGAAAAUAGCUUGUAAUAGUCUAUUCAGCUUGUUAAACAGAAGAAAUGGUUACACAAACAACACUUUUAACCUAGAGCUCACUAUAAAACUCACGGCUCUAGUGCGUGAAGGCCUUUUCCGCUAAGUUUUCAUUUGAAUGAAAUGUGGCCCAUUUUAUUGUAUUUAUUUUCUUUAUUUAUUUGUAAUUUAUUUAUUUAUUACCUGGGCCUUCUGAAAUAUAGCAUCUAUAAAUCUAUAUUUUAAUAGCAAUGAUAAUAAGAGAUAUUUGCAGUCUUUGGUACAUCAACAAAACCUUAUUUUGGUGUUUUUUGUUUUUGUUUUGUUUUUGUUUUUUCUCAUCACUCGAUUAUAUUUGUGUGUUGUUUUGCCAUUUAGGCCUAGACUCUGUUAUUCAAACUCUCAUUCAGAAACAAUAAA